AUGGAGGAAACUUCGCCUCUCGUUGAGGCCGCUCGCAGCGGCGAUCUAGAUCUGGUAAAAACCCUCAUCGAAAAGGACGCCGAUAUCCAAAAGACCAACGACCGUGGCUGGACACCGAUCAAUGCGGCUUCUGACGAAGGCCAUAUCGAGGUAGUAAAACUACUUCUCGAGCAUGGAGCAGACCCCAACACCAAAUCCAAUUCAGGCUGGACACCAGUUCAUUCAGCCUCUGAUAGUGGUCAUGUUGAGGUUGUUAGACUACUUCUUAGCCGUGGUGUGGACAUCACGGUUCCGAAUGAAGAAGGGAACUUGCCUAUUCAUUCCGCUUCUGGACUUGGCCAUUUCGAAGUAGUGAAACUACUCUUGGAGCAUGGCGCGGACUUUACUGUGCUUGACGAGCGGGGCUGGAUGCCGAUUCAUGCUGCAACGAUAGGCAAUUUUGUCGAUGUAGUGAGGAUUCUGCUCGGGCAUGGAGCGAAUGUGGAAGCUCUGACUCGAGACGGAGACACGCCGCUCAAUAUUGCGUCUCAUGCAGGUCAUAUCGAAUUGCUCAGGGUGUUUUUAGAGCAUGGUGCGAAGAUUAUGGUUCAGAACAAGGAGGGAUGGACAUCGGUCCAUUUGGCCUCGGGGAACGGUCAUGUUGAGGCAGUGCGCCUGCUAUUCGACAAUGGGGCAACUGCCACACUUCAAACUACCGAUGGAAGGACACCCAUGUGGAUAGCCGUGGCUGAAAGCCAGAUCGAGGUGGUUAAGUUGCUUCACGAGCGUGGAGGCGACUUCACAACACCUCAUCACGCCGGUCUCACACCUUUAUCCAUAUCCGCAUACGACGGGAACGCCGAAUUAGUGAAAUUGUUUCUCGAGUGGGGAGCUAACCCUGAGUUAUCCAAUCCACUAUACAUGGCUUCGGCUAGUGGUCAUACUGAGGUGGUACAACUACUCCUCGAUCACGGAGCAGAUCACACGAUUGUCCACAAGGAUGGACGCGCGCCGCUUUGUACAGCCUCUACCUAUGGCCAUACAGAAGUUGUGAGAGUACUUCUGGAAAGAGGUGCUGAUCCAAAUUUCACGACUGAAGAUAAAUUGACUUCCCUAUUUUUCGCUUCCGUUGACGGCUAUACUGAAAUAGCCAGGUUACUUCUGGAGAAAGGUGCCGAGCCUAAUUUUGCGGGACCGAGAGGAGUUACACCCCUGAUUAUGGCUGCUGGUGAGGGAUACGUCGAGAUUGCGCGACUACUUCUGGAUAAUGGGGCGGACAUUGCUGUCACGGACGGUGAUGGGAGUACAGCGCUGCAUUCUGCUUCGAGGAAGGGACACCCCGAGGUCGUUCGUUUGCUUCUUGAGCGUGGUGCGGAUGUGAGACCAGGAGAUACACGGACGGAGAGUACGCCGCUACACCUAGCCUGCUACGGUGGGUUUAUCGAGAUCAUCAAGUUGCUUCUCGAUAAAGACGCAGAUGUCGCGGCUGAAGCUGAAGAUGCAAGCACUCCACUGCAUUAUGCUGCCUUUUGUGGACAGGUCGAGACAUCUAGGCUUUUGCUAGAGCACUUAAAAGAUGGCUUUGAUGCUCGCGACUUCUACGCUCGCACUCCACUUUUCUGGGCUUCCGCCAUGGGCCAUGAUGAUGUUGUUGAGCUUUUUAUUUCGCAUGGAAGUUCAGUGGAUGCCACCGACCGCUACGGCGCGACACCUCUCUUAGCGGCCGUGAGAAAUGGGAAAGAAAAAGUUGUGGAACGACUAUUACCUCUGUCAGCAAUCGAUAUCAACUCUAAAGAUUCCCAGGGUCGAACCGUGGUCUGGUGGGCGACAAGGUCUGGAAAGCCAGAAAUUGUCCAGCUGAUUCGCGAAAAGGCUGAGAUAUCUGAUGAAGAUGACCUCAACCUCAAGAUGGAAGGUUUGGCGGUCACCAAAGAUUUCGAAGAGAAAGUUGAUUGGUUAUGUGAUAUUUGUACUCGGCCAUUCUCGGGCAAAGAAUCGUCUUAUCAGUGCGUCAAGUGUGCCAAGUUCGAGAUUGAUGUUUGUGUGGAAUGCUUUGAAGCCGGGGCCGGAUGUUUUGACUCGUCUCACGAGUUGGCGCUUCAUCGGCGUGAUGAAUCAACCUGA